UCGCGCCUUUCGGGACUGGCGUCACUUCUGAGACGCUUUUACUAGCAGUGCCCCUUCCCUCUCAGACCCACUGAGGCUGUGCCAUGGCUUCGUCCACGAAUCUCUGUUCAGCGUGAGGAGCAUGCGUAGUGAGUAUUGCUCCCAAAUUCAGGCGAACUUGAUUCCCUUGCAUUCUCCUUCAUAGCAACCUUACUAAGGUGUCCCUGGGGAACCCCCACUCAUGCACCUGCUCAGUAUUUGUGAAAGACAAGGACCUCUGUAAACAUAUCUGCUGAUGCUUUACAAUUGGGUCUUGUGGAAAGAGAAAUUAACUACAUGCUUCAAGGUCUACAAGUUGCUCCCCAACCAAGAAUAACUGCUAGGGAUUUGAAGGGAGCUGAUGAUGGGUACAUUAAACAAAAAGAAAUUGAUAAUGAGGAUGUAUGCCCUAUUUGUUACAACACAUUGCUCAAGAAAAUGCUUCCUGUCACUUACUGCAGGUUUGGUUGUGGCAAUAAUGUACACAUCUUAUGUAUGAAGAUUUGGGCUGACCAUCAGACGGAGUUAGAAAAAGACUCUUUGGUGAAGUGCCCUCUGUGCAGGGAACAUUUUGCACCAUUGAAGCUUAUCUUGGAAGAAUUCAGAAACUCCAAAAGACUUAUGACUGUAGCAGAGAAACAGCGUCUGGACAAACACCUUGGAAUCCCUUGCAAUAAUUGCAGAGUAUUUCCCAUUGAGGGAAAUUGCUACAAGUGUACUGAAUGUGCGGAAUACUACCUGUGUUAUUGGUGUUAUAAAAGUUUUUGUCAUCCUCAUCCUUUUGUUUUCCGAGAGAAAAGGAAUCAGAGAUGGCGAUCAGUGGAACCAAUAGGGCAGCUAUCCACAGAGGAACAGUCUAAAGAGGAAAAGGACAAGGAGAUAUUCAGUUGCACACCGGAGCACAUAGUGAACUCAUUGCCUACUGUGCUGGUUAGGAAAUGCAGCAGUUUACUUGAUCCAGGUUUGCAAUGUAGACUCUGCUUGAAGAUAUUUUGUCUUGGCCAAGUUGCAAGAUACCUGCCAUGUAAUCAUAAGUUCCACCGGAAAUGCAUUGACCGUUGGUUGCAUAAAGAAAAUGCGUGCCCUAUUGAUGGACAUCUUGUGUAUAAUCCAUUAACUUGGGAAGAUGUACCAACCAAAGGCAAUCCAUUAGCAUCCCAAGCAAAGAUGUAUCUUGAAAAACAGAUCGAGCAGGAACUUUUUAUACCAGGGACUGGAUUGCUUGUCCAGCAAAUGAAACCUGGCCUUAUCCCUGAUAGCUGUUUCAGUAGUCCUCAGGGAUGUUUAGAGAAGAAGAAAAGCCCUUCAGAGUCUGAAAAAAAAUUAACACUGAAUGGACUCAGCUCCACUUCUGCAGGAGACUUAAAUCCUAGCCUGUAUAGCACUCAGAAGAUCAGAAAUCUGAAAUUUUCUAGGUAUGUUAAAGGAUUGGCCCUUACUCCAAAGCCUCGUGCUGAUGUGUUUACUGAGAAGGCAAUUGGCACUAGUCUUAGCGGUUUAUAUAUAAAUGGGAAUGCAAAGUAAGAUUGCAAUGCUGUAUGCAUUGCACUAAGUUGGAUUUAUUCCUGAGUAAAUGUGCAUAUGAUUUGGAUGUUUAAGUUCAAUACAUUUCAAGAAAAUUCAAAGUUUAUGAUGGACCUCUCCACUUUGAGACUGAGAGCAGAUCCUUGCAAAAUGGGCUAUGUGUUUCAGUAUUUUAAAAGUCUUAGCUAGCCAUACCUUUAAUCUUACCUUGAAUUAGUAUUUCACCUUGAAGCAAAUUAUAUUUGGCUGCAUAUUUGCAUAAUUUUGAAAUACAUGCAUACUUUAUUUCCACUGAUAUAUAAAAGGACAAUAAAAACAUAUUUAAAAAUGUGA